UCAUUCUGAAAACUUUAUUAAAAUCCAGAGCAAGUUAUCUAAAAGGAAGCAAAUAUGAAUUCCGACGAUAUUCCAAAUGUCAAUUUGUAUCAUCGUGGUGAGGGCAUGUUUGGUAAAUCUAAAAAGAAACAAUACGUACCUAAAAUCGGUGAAAAAAAUGUAGGAUGCGUGUGGGAAAAUCAUCAAAAUGUUUUUCAUGAAUUGAACUGGAAUCAAAAAAUAGGGCGAAAUGUGCUAGAAGAAAAAUCGGAGCUGCAAAAAGUCUUUUCGAAAAGAAGGGGAAAUCAACAAGAUGAAUCCGGCUUUAUUAAAAACGGCGAAUUCUUAAACAAAUUUAAGAUAAUUACGGGAAUGAAUAACGAUAAUGGAAGUGACAAUGAUAAUAUGGUAGAUAAAAACAAAUCCAACAUCAAAAACAACAAUUCCGAAUUUCAUAAAAUUUAUUCAAAAAUAACCUCCAACACCAAAUGUUAUUAAAUAAUUUUUUAAAUUAAAAUAGCACUCUAACAAUAUAAUUAAUUUAAAUAGGGUUAAAGUAAUUUAGAAAAUCUACAAAUUUUAUCACAAUAUUGUGAAAUAUAAAUUAUUAUAUUUGAUUUAAAUAAAAAAAAAUAUGC